GACAGGAGGAAGAAGCUCUGGGUGACUGGCAGCCGGGGAUCCAACCUUCAAAAGCCGGCUGGUCUUUAUUUGCUACUUCCUUUACAUUUUUUUUUACAUAAACAGGGAUCUAUGGCUUCCAAAGGGAUGAAUCUGUGCAACGUUUGCUGCCUGCUUCUCUACGUUAUUUCGGCGGUGCUUGCAGGGCGAGAUUUCUAUGCUAUCUUGGGGGUGACAAAGAGUGCAUCAAUCAGGGACAUAAAGAAGGCCUACAGAAAGCUGGCUCUUCAGUUACACCCCGACAGAAACCAGGACGACCCCAACGCUGCAGACAAAUUUGCAGAUUUGGGAUCAGCUUAUGAGGUGCUCUCAAACGAGGAGAAUAGGAAACAGUAUGACGCGUACGGAGAAGACGGACUCAAAGAGGGUCACCACGGCUCACACAACGACAUCUUCUCCAGCUUCUUUGGUGACUUUGGGUUCAUGUUUGGAGGAAACCGACAGCAGCAGGACAGGAACAUCCCCAGAGGAAAUGACAUCAUACUCGACCUGGAGGUCACGCUGGAAGAGGUGUACUCUGGGAACUUUGUGGAGGUGAGGAGAAGAUACCUGGGUUGUUUAAAAAUCAGCUCCUAA